AUGACAAUAAGCUUUGCUGGAGCUAUCAAAGGAUGGAAGGAAGGGUGUAGAUCAGCUGUUGGGUUAGAUGCUUUUCAUCUAAAUGGUAAGUGUGGUGGUGCGUUGAUGGCUGCAACUGGGUUAGAUGGUCAAAAUGGUUUAGUCACAUUAGGAAUUGGUGUUUUUCCUGCUGAAACAAUUGAGAAUUGGACUAUGUUCCUCAAUGACUUGAAGCCAUUACUCUUAAGCCAUGAAAAGCCAUUGACAUUCAUUUCAGAUAGACAAAAAGGGCUUCUUGAAGUUGUUCCUGCUGUGUUCCCAAACUCAUAUCACAGAUAUUGUUGGAGACACUUGUAUAACAAUUUCAAGCAGCACUUUAAGGGACAAAAGUUGUAUAGCUUACUGUGGAAUGCAGCCAAAUGCUACAAGAAGAAACAUUUCUAUAAACAUAUGGAAGAUAUGAAGAAGGAGAAUCCUGCUACUGUGGUGUACCUUGAAAAGGCUGGUUUUGAGUCAUGGUCUAGGGACUUUUUUGAUGACACUAGUAAGUGUGAACACCUAAAUAACAACUUUUGUGAGUCAUUUAAUUCCAUGGCAAAAAACCUUAGGGACAAACCAAUAUGUAGACUAGGAAUUCUUUAUAAUCAGUUGGUUAUGAGUUUGUUUCACAAAAGAAGAAAAGAAAGUGCAAAAUGGAAUCCAAAUGGAUUGGUUCCUACUGCUAUGAAACUGAUUGGUAAAUUGUGUAAGUUGGUUGGUGCUUUUAAAGUAUACCCAUGUGUGAGUGGUAAAUUGUAUGAAGUCACAAAUGAGGGUAGCAAGGCAGUUUUUAUUGUGAACUUGGAAGAAAAGCAGUGCAGUUGUCUACAAUGGCAACUCAGAGGGUUUGUUUGUCAACAUGUUGUUUUUUGUUUGAAGCCAUUGAGACCUGAUUGGACAAAGUAUUGCUCUCAUUAUUACUCAGUUGCUGCAUACAGAGCCACAUAUGCUCAAGUUGUCUUUCCAUUUCCUCCUCAAGAAAAUUGGCCUGAGUUGGAAGAACAUGAAAAGGUUGAAUUGGAAUCUGCUAUCAAGAUCAGGAAAUCAGGAAGGCCUAGAGUUAAGAGGAGGAGAGCAUGGGAUGAGCCAAAAGUACCUACAAAGGUAUAUUCAUGUACAAGAUGUAAAUCAACUUGUCAUAAAAAAAUUACAUGUCAAGGUGGUGAUGUUGGCAAGAAUCCAAAAGCUAAGAGGCAGAGAACCCAAGUAGAUGGUGCUACCUUCACAUCUUUUGACAGACCUGCUCCUCAGAAGAAGCAAUCAUCUCAACCAUCUGGGAUUAGAAAAACAGCAGCUGCAUCUUCUUCUAAAGCUAAGAAAGCUCCUGCUAAAUCUUCUACAACUUCAAAGAAGAAGAACAUGAGUCAGACAAAGAAGUGA